AUGGUGCAGUUUGGUUUACGACUGUCGUCGUCCAACGCAUCAUCAAUGAAAUUCAUUGAUCUCGAGACGAUCCUCCAGCGACCAGGCACGUCGUCAUCGGCAGAUACUCUCAUCAGCUCACCUCAUAAGGGUUUAGCGAACGUCACUCAUCGUAUCGUUAUGUUAGAAGGCGUGUCUCAAAACUUCAAAAACGCUAUAACAUGGAAUCUGAAGAAGGUUAGAAAACUAGCUACCGAGCUUGCCGAGCCAUCAAUAUCCGUUCAAAUUGAAAUUUUGAAGCCAAGCGAAGCCAGCGAAGAGGUGUUAACAAUCGUCGAUUGCGAAAAAGCCAGUCCAGAUCUGCUGCGAAUCGCCGCUGUCAGCAGUAAAUUGAAAAUGGAAAAUGUGACUGUGAGCCUCGUCAAGCAAGGUGAUACAGCUCAUGAGGAACUCGUGAUUGAAUAUGAGAAUCUGGUUGAGGACUCAGUUGACUUCAAUCUCUCACAACUCGUCUUCAGCGGUCUAAAAGAGAAUGUCGAAAUUGUUGCAUCAGUGAGUAUGCCACUACGAACGAAAGUAGACCGGCCACAUUCACCUGAUGCCGCACCGGUAUCCGUAUCGCUCACAGAGUCUUCCAACGCCGUAGGGCAACAACCGCCGAAAUUCUUUCGGACGUUAGAAGAUCGUAGCAGUACCGUAGGGAAAAGUGUACAGUUCAAGUGUAUGGUUAGUGGGACGCCAACGCCGAGUAUCACAUGGUAUGUAGACGGCGAUCAAAUCCAACAUAGCCAGGAGUACGAAAUCAUUUACGAAGACGGAGUCUGUAUUCUGCGGAUCAACGAAGUUUUAGCCGAAGACGAAGGGGAAUACAGUUGCGAAGCUUCGAACACAGCUGGAAAAGCAGAGACAAAAUGCUUUCUUAAAGUCAUAAAAAAACGAUCCUCUCAAUUCAUCGAGCACGCUCCCUCGAUGACGGACCUCAUUCUGCAAGACUCUUUCGACUCGUUCGAAUGGGAAGAACAAGAAGCAAACAGGCUUUUUCCCAACGAUGACGAAUUCCGCCACUCAUUGGUUAUUUAUAAUUCGGAAUUCGAUCUUACUAAAAUCGUCAACUAUAACGAGAACAUGGAAGAGACAAACGCUUUUCAUAAGUACUUUGACACUGCCGAAACAGUUGCUCGUGUAACGGAAGCGGAGCCACUUGAAAGACUGUUUGCUUGGUUUCUUUUUCGUGAACCAGAGAACAUUUCAGUAGAUGUGGUCAUUCCGAGGCCAGCGACUUUCAUCGGUAUAUCGUAUCGUAUUUCAUUCCCUGUAAUCGGUGGUAAUCAUGCUAACUUCAUAGCAGAAUUAUCGGAACGGUGCAACAUAAAUAGUGCAAUUACACCUGAGCUUACAAGUUCGCUAGAAAGUGAGCUGGAUUUCACAAGCGAAUUAUGCGAACCCCGAGAAUUAGACUUGCCACAGGAAGUGUAUUAUAAAGGACACAAAAUCGCAAUGUCCGUUAAUGAGAUUGAAAAGGAAGAAAUGGCACGAAACGAAAGCGGUGUGAUGGAAAUUUUUAAGAAAACGUGCUUAGAGACCUCUCUCGAAUUCGAUACAGAACUCGACAUAACGCAUUCUAUCAAGAAGAUAUUUAAUGCUUUGCCCGACAAAAACACUUGUGCAGUUCUGAAAUCACACUCCGAAAUUGAAGUACAUACAAACCCAGUAUCAAAUCCUAUCUAUAUUGACAACAGACAGAAAUUUUUUCAAGGAGGUUCUUCCAGCCAUAAUAUGGAGAAGGCAGACCUGUAUGGUAAGCGGCGCCGUGAACACCCAGAAAUGAAAAAGUCCCAGUCGCUUAAAGAAACUGGAAUGUCGGUAUCUAAAGACUCGACCAUGAGUAGAGACAUUGUAUUAGAUCCAGAGUUUAUGAAUAAAAUGAAAGAGGUUGAGAGAAUAGCUGGUGAAGUGAACGAACAAUUAGAAAAUCUGUCAUCACAUCCUCUUAUCUCCCAACAUGAUGAUGCAAAACAGAUAGAGGACGCGAUUUUCAAGGUAUCAGAUGAACUGUUAAUGUCCCGACCCGUAACGGAAGCUCAAGCUGAGGCGACUGAAGAACUCAUUCGAACCACGUUGGCCGACAUCAUUCUGAAUCCGACGAAAACUAUAGAGGAAGAAAUUGAGUUGAUAAAGCGACCAAUUCGGUUGCUAAGACGAAAAUUAUCGGACUUUACGAACUCAUUCAUAGAAGAUGCAGAUGUGACAAACAACACGGAGGAAGUUAGCCCUCUAACGUCGAACAUUAAGGAUCAGUUGUCUCAACUUGAAGAAAUUAUCGCUAUACCUGUAGAUAGUGCACUACCAAACGCAGUGGAAAAGGGAGACAACUGUUCAGUAGUAGUGACAGGAGGAACACAAAAGAAGAGGGAGCUACACGACCUCUUUUUGCAGAUCAACAACGAGAUGAAUACGAUAAAGUCAUUUUGCCAAUCAAAACUUUCCAAAAAAGGCACAGAUGCUGUGAUGAAUCUUCUUCAUAAGGUGCGUGCUCAUGUCGCCAACAUAGCUAACGUUCUGUCGGUGAUUCGCGGCAAGCAGCCGAAAGCUAUUGAGAAGGCUGAGUUAUCGACCAGCAUCUUUGAAUUGAAGCGAAUGCCUACUGAGGAGUUUAAUGGUGCCAAGACAAACGUAGAACAAUCGCUAUUGCAGUCCAAAGAACACAGCACAGGAAAAAAUGAGCACAAUGUGAAACUCAUUGCGACUACAGAAAAUUCUAGAAAAGGUGAAAUACCUAUCGCUCCCCCUAGAAGACGAAGGACACUUAGUGCAGCACCACGUGCUGCUACUGAUUCAUUCACACGGCCACAUGAGAAGAAGAAAAUAAUGAAGACAAGAGAUCAUUCGCUCGAUAGCAAAAUGUCUUUAGCGGAUAGUAGUACGUUCAAAACAACGACAGAUAAAGACAUAAGAAAUGCUAGUAAGGAGAAUUUAGACAGUUCAUCAAGUAAGUCGAAAAAAUCAUCUGCUGGAGAGAGGUUUGACCUCUUCCGACAUCUUAAUUGUGUUAGAGCACGAAAAGAACUAAACGUGGAUUUAACGGACGCCUCGACGUUAGAAAUGCUUCCAAAACUCGGAAAUAAACUCAUACUUGAACAAAGUUCACCAUAUCAGAACCCAAUGCCUGGUAAAGAAGAAGUUGUGGAAUCGAACUACGCAGGAACAUCUCAUUCUGCUGCGUAUUUACGACAUUCCCAAGCCAGUACCACCGCGUUAGUUUCGCUUUCUAGUGUUAUGAUAUUAUUUGGAAGUAUCUCAGCUGAUGACAGUGGGGGUUCUGUACAAAUGAUAUGUGAGGAGUCCGACUAUAACACAGACACCGAUACAUCUGCCUUAAUUAGAGGAACCGUGAAAUUCUUUAAUAGGAACUCACCAAAAGAUGUGAGCUCACAGUCUCCUAUGUUGUUGAACCUAUCACACAGAAAUUCGAGGAUUUCGCCAGAAUUGACAGAACAAAGCGAUCCAAGUAAUUUAAGCAUAACUGCUAACAUUGACAUACGCUGCAAUUCUGAAGACAAUAAGAGUGCAGAGUUCAUAUAUAACGAACCAUUUGUACAAACGAGGUCCCCAACUACGACAUCCAAUACGGAAGACACUCUCCAUCUAGUAUUGGAGGAAGCCCUUCUUUCCCAGAUGGAUUCUUCUUUGAUUACGGAUGACAUCAACAGGACUGCAGAACCACGGGAAACGGAUAUUCUUAGUGAUGAUUCCGUGAUUACUGAAAUUGAACAGGAUAUUGUAGAUAGCGUAGAUGAAUCAUUCCAGUUCGUUCGUUCUGACGCAAAAAAAGGCUUAAUUGCCGUGCUAUCUCAAGACGUACGUCAAUAUGUGAGCGUAAAGCUCUCUGCUGACAGAACAUUUGAUGUGGAAAUUGUUCAAGAACCGAUUUCUAUGUCGGUAAUGAUUAAUGUAAUUGAAGACCAAGUGGAUUUUAUGUCGCUUACCGUAACAGGUUGUCGUUUGAACAACUUUGAGGGCGAUGAACGACAAGAUGAAAUCACCGAGAACAGUUUUCAAGGAGAAGUGAAUGGGGAAAGCCGGAUUGGUAUUUCUGUUUCAAUUAUUGCUAGAAGUUUACAUGACGGUGUCUACGCUUCUUUAGAAGAAAUUCCAUGGGGUGAAGUAAAGAUGAGUCUUCCGGAAUGUGAUGUUAUGACGAAAAGCGUAGAAGAAGAGGACUCCAAGACCUCUAUACUGUUCAAUGUUACCGUAUCAGAAUCAAAUCCGGAAGAGAAGAAAUCACUUCACUCUCAAGCAUCACUUAAUCACUCACAGAACACCAUUUCUGAAAUCGAAAACACCAUUAGCACAAGCAGCAUCAACAUACCUAGCUACGUAAUCAAAAUAGGAUCGACAGCUACAGUCACUUGUGAACUCAACAACUAUCUACCGCCCAAUAGCAAAAUAGACUGGUACAAAGGCGAUAUGCAAAUAGAUACUUGUCCUGGCAAACUGGAGCGAAUAAGUCACGAUCUUCUUGAAGUGCUCAUCAUCAACAACGUCACUUCGGAAGAUAACGACCUCUACAGUUUGAAAGUUAACAAUGAAAUUUUUCCCGUCGCAUAUCUUAUUGUGGAAGCAGCUUCCGUGGACAGUCUGGGCGCCACCAUAAUCACUCCACCACAAACUCAAUUUGUCAUGGAAGGGCAACCAACUGUGAUAAUGUGCCAAGUAAGCGUACCAAACCAGACGGUUAGGUGGCUAAAAGACCGGAAACCACUUCAAGAAACUGACCGCUUGCGGUUAGACGUUGGCGAAGACGGCUGGAAUCGUGUAGUGUUCUCACAGACACAGAUAUCUGAUCAAGGGACUUAUUUAGCAGUUCUAGGAGAUCAGACUGUCGCUAUCACACUUGUCGUUGAAGAGCGUAUCGACGAAAAAGAGGUAAUAGUGGUUGUAUCGGGAACCGAAAGCGAGGAGGACGAUGUACAAGAGUACCUCGUGCCACCUGGUAGUACAGCAACAAUCGCCUGCGAACUAGAAGACAGCGAUCACAUGUGCAGCCUUGUGUGGUUGAAAAAUGGACAGCGCCUUACUUUUACUGACCCAAACAAAAUGGAGCAUGUGAAGAACUCUCUUAAGCACUACCUAGUUAUUCAUGAUACCUGUUCCAAAGACUCCGGCGUAUACAGUGUAUCGAUUUCAGACGUAGAAUUUAGGGUAGCCCAUCUUAUUGUGAAUGACAUGACCACGAUCUCUCACAGUCUUCGACGAAAGCGAAUCUCAAACAGUUCAUUGCAUUAA